CGCAGUGGGCGGAGCUUACGGGAGGAGAUCUUUUUGUUUGGGCCGCAGACAGUUCCGGUACUCAACUCGAUUCCGCUGGUUCAAAACCGGUUUUUAUCUGCAUUAAUUUCGAGUGUCUUUUAUGAAUAAUCAAAAGCAGCAAAAGCCAACGCUAACCGGCCAGCGUUUCAAAACGAGGAAAAGAGAUGAAAGGGAGAAAUUUGACCCUUCACAGUUUCAAGAAAGUAUCGUACAAGGCUUGAACCAAACUGGCACUGAUUUGGAAGCAGUCGAAAAGUUCCUCUAUGCCUCUGGCGCCAAGCUUGACUACCGCCGUUAUGCAGAGACACUCUUUGACAUCCUGGUGGCUGGCGGCAUGCUGGCCCCAGGUGGAACUUUGUCUGAAGACAUGACCCGCACAGAGUUCUGCCUCUUUACGGCACCAGAAGACCUGGAGACGAUGCAAGCAUAUGCUCAGGUUUUUAACAAGCUGAUCAGGCGUUACAAGUACCUGGAGAAAGGUUUUGAAGAAGAGAUCAAGAAGCUGCUGCUGUUCCUGAAGGGAUUCACAGAGUCUGAGCGCAACAAACUGGCCAUGCUGACUGGCAUCCUGCUGGCCAACGGCGACAUAUCAGCCUCCAUCCUGAGCAGCCUCUUCAACGAGAACCUCGUCAAAGAGGGAGUGUCUGCAGCCUUCGCUGUCAAGCUUUUCAAGUCAUGGAUCAACGAGAAGGAUAUAAACUCUGUUGCCGGCAGUCUGCGCAGAGUUGGAAUGGACAACAGGCUGAUGGAACUCUUUCCUGCCAACAAACGAAGCUGCGAGCAUUUUUCUAAAUACUUCACUGACGCCGGGCUGAAGGAGCUGUCUGACUUCGCCCGCAACCAGCAAUCCAUCGGUGCCCGCAAAGAGCUACAGAAGGAGCUCCAGGAGCAGAUGAGCCGCGGUGAUCCUCUAAAGGAGAUCAUCGCUUUCACCAGAGAGGAGAUGAAGAAGGCCGGCCUGUCUGAGCAGACCAUGAUCAGCAUCAUCUGGACCAGUGUGAUGAGCUGCGUGGAGUGGAACAAGAAGGAAGAGCUGGUGGCCGAACAAGCCAUCAAACACUUGAAGCAAUACAGCCCCCUGCUGAAAGCCUUCACCUCCCAGGGACUGUCGGAGCUCAGCCUGCUGCUGAAGAUCCAAGAGUACUGCUACGACAACAUCCACUUCAUGAAGGCCUUUCAGAAGAUCGUGGUGCUCCUCUACAAAGCGGAUGUGUUGAGCGAGGAGGCGAUACUGAAGUGGUACGGUGAAGCCCACCUCGCCAAAGGGAAGAGCGUCUUCCUCGAACAGAUGAAGAAAUUCGUCGAGUGGCUGAAGAACGCUGAGGAAGAGUCGGAAUCAGACGAUGAGGAGACGGACUAGAACCUCCACCACCAUGCGAGCAGACUUCCUUUUUUUUUUUUUGUCUUCUACGUCCUGUUACUUCACCCUCCAAACAUCCUGCCACCGCUCCAGUUAUUUAAAUCAACGUUUUUAAAGGGCUGAGUCCGUCCUUGUGACGCGUUCAGGUGUCGGCUCACCACAAACUCGCCGCCAUUAUUUUCAUUAUUACUGUCAUUAUGCCGUCUGUAAUUUGGACACCAAACAUUCCGUGUGACGACGACGACGGCUGCUGCUCGUUCCAAUCUGAACCAGGAAUUUAAUUUGCCUUUUUUGGCACGUGACUGCGAAAAUGUUGGACAUUUUGAGUUUUUUUUUUUUUUUUUUUUUUUCCCUUGACUUUCCUCUCCCCUUCCCCUCCCCCCUUCACCUUGUUUUUGACAUUUUAAUUUUGCCCGGUUAAUUUUUGGUCUUAAGUCUGUUUUCUUUAACUUUUGGGUACACCUGUAUCGCGUGUCACGGUUACGCCGCUCAGUCUGCGAGAAGACACGCCCCCUGUAAGAUGCCUCGCCAGCCAACUGAUGAUUGGUUUCUAUACUUUCUUUAAUCUGUUACAAACCAAUUUGACUUUUUUAUGAAAUAAAGAUUAUCGAAAUGUC